AUGUUGGAAUCCCACUCAAGCAACUCAAGCUUGGAAGAGCGGGAAGAAGCAUUAGAGAAACUGAGACUAUUGGUUUCACAAAAACAACAGCAAAUUGAUGAUUUAUUAUUAUUAAAAGACCAAAAUAGAGAAUAUAAACAGAAAAUCAGGGAGUUUUCUGAUAAAGUUAUAAAGCAAAAGUCAUCAAUAUCAGAAAAAAAUAAAAUGAUUUCAAGAAUAUAUCUCGAAUUCGACUUAAAUCUUGAAUCAGAUUUUCAGGAGAACUUAGAAAAGCUUAUAACAAUUGCAAAACAGUACAAAACCUAUCAAAAGUUCAUUAAUUCAAUAGGAAUAUUAUUUAAUAUCGAUAAUCCUGAAGAAGAUUCAAAAAUUCAGGAAAUAACGGAACAAAUGAUGCAAUUUUCCGAAACAUCUACAAUAUUAGAGAAUGUACAAACAUUGCUUCAUUGUUCUAAAGACGAAAUUCAAAAAGCCGUCGAAAAUUUAGUACAAGAGCAAAAACCUAAUCAAGUAGCUCAUAAUCAUAUUGCUGACAUUCUUGAAAUGACAAAAUGGGAUGCAGAUAAUACAGCUUCAGCUAUUGGCUCCCUUAAACACAAUUUUAUGGAAUUAAAUAACCAAUUUGAUGAUAUUUGUUCAAUUCUUAAUCUAAAUCGUGAAAAGGCAAAUCUACCACGUGAUAUUUCCAGAUUAAUGCAUCAAUUCGAGGAUAUCAAAGAGAAACAACAAGAAUGCGAAAAUCAUAUUCAGCAAUUGAAAGAAAUUCUUCAUGAGCAAGAUAGUGAUGCAGAUAAGCUUAUUGAUGUCGUUACAAAACUAAAGAAAGAAUCCGAUAUUACUAAUAAAAAAGCUCAAUUAUCCGAAAUUGUCAACAAAGAUAAAAUUAACGAACUUCAACAACAAUCCAACUUGAUUUCAAGGCUUAAGCAGCUUGUUGGAACAAUGGAUCAAGAUGUUGAUCUCGAGCAAUCAACUCAAAGAUUAAUUGCAGAAAACGUAUCGAACAAGCAAAUUCUUGAUGAGAUUCUUGAAGCUCUUCCAGAACGAUCAAUCAUAUCUGAAGCAACAAUUUCCGAAGUUAUUAAGAAAGCCAUUAGUAAAUCUGACGCAUUUGAUGAUAUUUGCCAAGUUUUGGAACAAGAUCCUGAGAAAAUUCCAUAUUCUGAUGUAGUCAAUAUUGUAUCUCAACUCCAAACUGCCCAAAUUUCGAAAUCUAAAACAAAUAAUUCUUUCUCUAUUGAUAAUAAUAAACAAAUUAUGGAUGGACUGCUUUCUGUAUGUGAAGGAGCUGAUAGCAACAACAUUUCUGGUGAACUUAAUGAAAUUAAGAACAAAUUAAACGAAUUAUUUAAUAAGAAGCAAACCAAUUCCGAAAUCCUAGAUCUGGUUAAUGAUAUUGUUCAGAGGCUCGCAGAGAUAUUUGGCUUGGAUUCUGAAUCAAAUAUUUUAGAAAAAUUCAAAUUACAAAAAUCUCUUAAUCAAUAUAGUGAUGCAUCAUAUGAAGAAGAAAAUGCCGAAAAUACAACUGCCAAUAUGCAACAACUUGCAAAAAUCUUAAAUACUGAAAAUGCAAAUGAAAUUCCACAAAAAGUAGAGGAAAUGAGCGAACAAAUCUCAGCUAUAUCACAAAUAGUAGAUAAUAAUACAUGCGAUGUUAUCGAAAAUGUAAAAGAACUCAAAAAUGUUGUUGAUGAAAUCAAUAAAAUCCUAUCUGCCAUCAAGAGGAAUGAUAAAUCACCAAGAAAGCCUGAGAAUGAACGUUUGGAGCUUGUCAACAAGGUUAGAGAGAUGAGAGAUUGUUUAAGCUCGAUUUCGAAAUUAUUAGAUGUUCCUUAUAUUGCAGAUCUACCAAGAAAGAUCAAAGAAAUGAAAGAAAGGAUAUCGCAACCAGAAAGCAAGACAGAAGAGUCGAUACCGUUCUCAUCAAAGAGCAAGGAAUUAUCUCCAAUCAAAAAAGAUGAAGAUUUCCAAGUAAAUAGUGAUAUUGAAGAUCUCGAAAACAUCAAAGAUAUGAUAAUUGGUGUAUUUGAUGGAGGAAAUAUGAAUCAAAUCUAUGAAAUCUUGCAAAAAUUGAAAGAUGAAAUAAUUAAAGGUGACGAUGACCAAGAAGUUGCAAAUAUUGCAAGAUCAUUGUUCAUACAAGACGAAUUAGACGUUAAUUCCACAUCUCCAAGGACUCAAAGUUCAAUUUCUCUGAUUUCAUUAAGUCCAUUAACUCCAAAAAUGAAUAAAACAGUUGAUUCUGUUGAAAACCAAGUUAAAGAGAUGUCACAAAUGAAAGCUGCACUUGAUGCCGUUUGUGAAGAGCUUGGCAUCGAAGAUACAAACGAAAUUGUUGAAAAGGUCAAAGAAUUAAAUGAAGAUUUAUCACAAUUCCAUUCUUUGUUGGGUGUAGAUGAUAAAGAACAAAGUUGGCAGAGAGUCAAAGAGAUGAUUUAUGUAUUAGAUAAAACUAAAAAUGAAUUAGAAGCAAAACAAGAAAACGAAAUUCCGAAAAUUGCCAAAAAUUUGAAGCAAAAAGUCACAAAAAUUUCCGAAAUUCUCGGAAAUCCAAAGGAUUUAGAGAGAAGAGUACAGCAAUUGCAAGAUGAAAACACUCAUUAUACUAAUUCAGCAAAGAAAGCUGAACAACAAAACUCAGACAAAGAACUUUUGGAAAUCAUUGGAAAUGUCACAAAAACAUUAAAUUUGAAGGAUAAAAAAGACAUUUCUACAAAAGUCCAAGAGAUGAAAGGCAUUCUUUCUAGUGUUUCUAAGACAUUAAGAGUUGAUAAUAGUAAAAUCAAAGAAAAGGUGAAUGACUAUUCCAAUAUUGUUGUUCAAUGUUCAGUUUUACUGGAUUCAACUAAAAAUUACAACGAAAUUCCUCAAAAACUGAAAGAAAUUAAGCAAGAAAUGGAUGAAUUGAAGGAAAUUUUGGACACAGAAGACGUCAAUGAAGAAGUCAUGAAACUCAAUGAUCAGAUGAAUGAAAUAAAGAAAGUUCUUGAAACAGAUGAUGCUUUGGAUGAAGUUAAAAAACUUAAAGAAGAAAAAGAAAAUGAAAUCCAAGAAAAAAUGGAAAAUUUGAAGAAAAUGGAUCAAAUACAAAGCUCACAAAAGAUUAUUUGUGGAAUAGUUGGUAAACAAACUAUAGAUGAUGCUAUAAAUGAGAUCAAAUCAUUAAAGGAACAAAUUCAAAAAUUAAAGAAUGAAAUUUCAGUUAAAAGUGACAAAAUUUUGAAUGACAUCAAAGAAAAGAUGAAAUUACCGGAAGCAACAACAGAACAAGAUCUUGUUGAUGCAAUUGCUGUCAUGGAAAUUGAAAAUGAAGAGUUGAAAGAAAAUGAUAAGAAACUGAGAGAAAUUUUCAAUUCUGACAUUUCUGUUGACACUUUAGAGAUAUUAAAAGAAGUAGAGAAUCUGAAACAAAAAGAAGACCAACUCAAAAGCCUGGUUGAAAGUGAAAAUUUGGUCGAUGAAAUCCAAAAACUAAAUGAAAAUCAACAAAGAAUUUUGGAUGAAUGUGAUAAAAGUGACAUAAGUGAAGUGAUCGAAGAAAUCAAAGAUCUCAAGAAAUUGCAACAAGAUGUUGAGAAUUGCUUCCCUACAAAUGACGUCAGUCAAAUCAAAGAAGAAAAUGAAAAUUGUCAACAAUUUUUAGAAAAAUUGAAUGAAAUUUUCGGUUUUGACAAUGAUGACGAUCAUAAAGCAGAAAUUACUGAAUUAGUUAGUGAUCUGAAGAAGAAUGAUCAGAAACUCAGAGGAGUAAUGAAAUCAGAUCCCGAGACAGAAACAAAAACUUUGAUUAACGAAAUUUCUGAAAAAAUACCAAUUUUUGAAAAAGUUACUGAGAUUUUAGGAGAAGAAAACUUAGUUGAAAAAGUCCAAGAGCUUUCUGAAAUGAAGGAUAUUUCUGAUAGAGAAAACAAGCCAAUCGCAGAAUUAUUGGCAGAAUUGAAGAAAGAAUUAAAUGAUCUCAAAAACAAUAGAAAAGAGGUUUUGACAAUUUUGAAACAACCGCAAACGGAUGAUAACAUUUUGAAACAAUCUGUUCAGAUGCUAGUUAAUGAUAAAAAUGCUUGUGAAGAAAAAUUAGCAAAAACAAAGCUUGUUAAUGAAAAAAUGACAAAAUUAGUUUCAGAAAUCAACAGUACAUUAUUAGUUAACGAAGAUGACGACGGAGAAGAAGCAAUAAGUAAAAUAAAGGAUUUGCAAGCUGAAUUACAAGCAGCAAAUGAAGAAAUGAAGAAUAUGGAUGAUUAUGUCAAUAAAGUUAAAAACGAACUCAGAAAGCUUGAUAAUUUCGGAAAUGGCGACUUGUUAGGUGCCAUUUCAGCUGUUAAUGAAAGUGGAAAAGUUGCUGCUUUAGAAAUGAAACGAGAAAAGGAAAGAGCAGAAAACAUCAGAUUAGAUUUGAUCAGAAUUUUGUCAAUUGAUGAUUCUAAUAAAGAUUUUGAUGAAAUUGAAGAUGAAUUGAUUGAUCUGAUGAAGAAACAACAAUCGUUGCAAAUCAGAUUGGCAACAAUCUUCAAUUUACCUGAGAAUCAUCAAUCAUUUUCUGAGAUUUGCAUUGCUGCAAAAAGAGUUGUUGAUCAAUUAAAUGAAAAAUCAACUCAAAGUAAUGAAAGUGAAAAUACUGAAGAAGAGAUUCCAUGUAGCAAAUGUUCUGCUCUUGAAGAAGAACUUAAAUCAAUGAGUGAUGAAUUAAAUCAGCGAGAAAGAGAAAUAAAUUCUCAAAAGAAAGAAAUUUCUUCACUCAAAGAUGAAAUCGAAAACUUGGAAGAUCAAAUUUCAACACUGUUUUCAAAGUUAGGAACAGGAGUAACAACAAUGAAAGAAGCUCUUGAUAAUAUCAAGUCAUUGAGAAGAGAUUCAGAACUUCUUAAAAAGAACGAAUACAAGUAUAAGAAAGUCGAACGUGUUAAUGAUUCUUUGCAGAAAUUUAAACACGAACAGACAGCUAAAUACAGAGGGGUUGCUGAGAAACUUUCAGACCAAGCUGAUAUGAUGAAGAAAACUCUUGAAAAGACAAUUCGUGUUUCAAACGAAACAGGAAGUAAACAACUUGAAUUAGCUCAGUCUCUUUCACAAAUUGAUGAAGACAACAAGAAGUUGAUGUCAAUGCUUGAAUCUCCACGACAAACAAGCAAUACUAAAUCUCAAAUUCCGUCACAGUUUACGAAACUUCCAUGUGAAUCACCUCUUUCAAAUGAAGAACUUAGAUUGUUUAAGAAGAAGAGUUCAUCUGGAAAUCGCUCAAGUAUUGAUGUAGAAAGAAUGAGAAUGGUUGAUGAUGACCAAGAACUAAUAAGAAAAAAGAGGAAACUUUCCAAAAUCGAAAAGGAAAUAACAUUCAACUGUAGUUGCUCAAAUAACUUAACUAAUCAAUCACAAACAUUAUUAUAG